CUCCCGGAGAAUCACAAGGCAGCCGGCCAGGGGGAGGGGGGAGGAGAGGCCUGCGAGCAGAGGGGGAAGGAGGGAUCUGUAACUCAUCGACGGCUUCUCCUCCAGGAUCCAGAUGCAGACUCCCCUGUGAAACCCGAAGCUGUGCGCCACUGCUGCAGCAGGCAGACAUCUUUUGUGUGUGUGAGUGUGUGAAUGGUUCUCAAAGACGCUUUGUAUUAUACCCACUCCUUCUUCGCCGUAGUAGGGAGCAGGCUCUCUUUUGGUGGAGCCUGAUGAUGCAUCCGAUGGCUCCACACGGGAUCGGCCUGUCUUUAGCGCUGUGGUCCGGCAGCAGUUUGGCCUCACCAUUCCCUCUACAGAUCCUAGCGGAGGGGAGCGCCACAGAAGAAGAGACCGGCGCCUUGGCCCCGGGUCCUACACAGCUGACCACCAGAAGCAGCACGCUCCUCGACUACCAAACUACGCCCACCGGUGACCUGACGGAUGGGGCGGCUACCGCUCUGGAUCAGGUCGUUGAAUUCCUCCACAGGAACCUGAUCUAUAUCGUCGCUGGAGCCUCGGUCGCCCUCCUUAUGCUCCUCAUCAUGUGCAUCGCGGUCACCUUGAAGCGGAAAUUGAGGAUCAAUGCGUACUACCCGUGCUCUUUCCCCGCAAAGAUGUACGUGGAGCAGAGGGACAAGGAAGGAGGGGUGAAACGCUUCGACCAGGUGCCAGAGAAGGCCCCUAGAUUGCAGCAGAGUGUGCCUGUAGACUCCGGUCAGCGGCUCCAGCAGGACAUCAUGAGGGCGGUCAAGGGUCUCCGGACACCCACCAAAAAAGCUACCAAGGUAGGAGAAGCCGCGCAAGCGGACACCCCUAUCGAAACAACGGAUGGGGAACGCUUGGUAGAAAAGGCAACGGAAGAAGCCGAGACGAAAUGGCACUCGCAAACUGAAGCCAGCAAUGAAGAGUCGCGUGAACAGGGGAUAUCUCUGAAACAGACUGGUCAACCGGAUGUUGAUCCGGAGGACUCACCUCAUUCUGGGGCUGAUCCCUCACCUGUCCAGCCAGACCACAGACCUGAAUCACCGCUCAUUCAAUGUGACUCUCCUAAAAUCCAAUUGAUCAAUGGGGAGAAAACUUCAUUUUAAUGAUGUCCUGCAAUCCAUCAGCGUCAAAGCACGUGUUUUCCCGAUCAGGAGCCUUUAUUUUAUGAUGUGAAAAUACUAAAUGUGUUCAUAUUGUUUAGUAGCCUACGCUUUUUUUUCAGGUUUUGCUAGUGAAUUAAAUCAAUUAUUGCUCUUUUUUUUCUAUGGGGCGUCACCGCACGUCACUGGCUUUCCAUAAACCGACGUUAUGUGGUGAGCCUCCCACAGUUGCACUGUCACAACUGUUGUUUCCUGCCUUAAGGCGGCUGCAUGCUUCAGCGUUGGUGUUACGUUGUUGCGCAAAAUUUACUCAAAGCAAUUCAUGCUCCCUUUUAGGUUGCGCGUGUUGCGCGUGUUGCCAAGCAAUUUACCGCCAGAACAGUAGGUGGAGUAAUAUGUGGAGGAAAGUUUUUCGUUGAAGACGACCUCGAGAAUGACGUCUUUGUCUGUGGGAGUCGUUGGUUUGUUUAUGUGCCAGAUCGUGUUCUCCCCAUACACAGUGAAUGAUGGCAACAGACAGAGGAACAGGGGUGAUGAAGUUGUUGAUCAUUGGGGUUGUAUAAAUGUGCAUAUCUCUCUACAUUUUAAAACGACAUAAUGUGUUGGCAGCAAAGUUAACUUCACUUCAGGUUAAUGCUUUUGUAUAUGAGCCUGCCGGGUGAUACUCCAGACAGGAAGUAGUAACCAGACCAGCAAACCAAUCACAGCCUUGCAGGCUGGGCGGCUCGCGUAAAAGCUUACGUAAAAAAUGACGCAAGUCUAGAAAAAUCGCCCGACGCACGCAAGACGUGAGAAGUCGCGCAAGGGGGGCGCAAGGGCGCGCAAGGGCCUCUUGCGCUUGCGCUUACGCUUACGUAACCGAGCAUAAACCAGCCUUUACUUAUGGAGUUGAUACGUCAAAGGGCAUGCCCAGGGGCGAG